AUGGCGUUUAUCUUUUCAAAUAAUGAACAACUUAAAGACCAAUUGGUUGCAUCGAGAUCAGCAGAAAAUAAAAACAGUAUUGUUAGUACACCUGGCACAGUAUUCUGUCAGUUCAACGAGCAAUCAACUUCAGGACUGAAUCAAAACAUAUGUUUUGUUUACUGUGGUACAGGACCGCAGUGGUGGAAAAUGGGACGUGAAUUAUAUUUUUCUGAGCCAGUAUUUCGUGAAUGGAUUCAAAAGAUUAGUAAAGAACUCCAAAAAUUAGCCAAUGAAUGGUUGUUAAUUGAUGAAUUGAUUAAUACGAGUUCUGAAAAUUCAUCUAAAAUCAAUGAAACAAAUAUUGCACAAUCUGCCAUAUUUGCCGUACAAAUAGCAUUGACUGCACUUUGGCUAUCAUGGGGCAUAUAUCCGAAAAUAAUUGUAGGUCAUUCAGUUGGAGAAGUGGCUGCUGCAUAUGUUGGGGGAUAUCUCACGUUGUCGGAGGCUUGCAAAGUGAUAUACCAGUAUUCAGUUCUUCAGCAUCGUAAUACACGACAAGGAGGACGCAUGCUAGCAGUUAUAGGUCUUGCUGUUGCAGAAGCACGUGCAUUACUUCAAGGACUCGAACAUCGUAUAUCAUUUGCCGCUAUUAAUAGUCCCACUUCAGUGACUUUCAGUGGUUACGAAGCAGAACUCGAACAGUUAUAUCAGUUACUAACGGAAACAAGACCAGAAAUUUUCAAAACGUGGAUAAGACUCGAAAAUGCAUUACAUAGUCCACUGAUGGACAAUUUUAAUAUACAUGAAGAUCUGUUAACAUCUUUAGAUCAGAUCAGUGGAGUACAUUUAACAAAUCAGAACGAAAUUUUCGAUAAAGACUGUGCAGAUGCGAAACUUUACUCAACUGUAACUAGUAAAUGUAGUGAUUUAUGUUUCUCUAAUACUUAUUGGUGGGAAAACUUGAGAUCUCCUGCAAAUUUUAGUCAUACUAUUCAGACUAUUUUACAGGAUUCUGAUUGCACCAUACAGACCUUUUUGGAAAUAUCACCGCAUCCAGUAUUAGUCAACUCUAUUCAAGAAUGUAUAGAUCAUUUGAGAUGUAAUCGGGUGCCUUCGAUUAUAUGGUCUCUUAAACGUAAAGAAAGCGAACAGCAAACAAUACUUUCAUCUUUAUGUCGAAUACAGAAUGUGAACUGGUCAAAAUUCUGGCAUACGCGUACAUGGGCUUCAGUUUCCAUUGAUCAAUCGAUUCGUUUUUACCUUGAGCGGAUACCUCUUUAUGCGUUCAAUAAUCAAGUAUGUUAUGAAGAUAAGACGGUCGCACUGAUAUCUACACAAAGUGAAAAUAAAUUUGACAAGAUAUCCAGCAACAUCACACACAUUGAUACGAUUAUUAAGGAAAUUUAUUCAACAGUCUUGAAAUUAUUCAAUUCAUCAGAUUCAUCAGCAACACUAGAUAUUGAUAAGUCAUUAGUAGCACAAGGGUUAGAUUCACUAAUAGCUAUUUCACUUACUCAUUCGUUAUCUCGUCGAUAUUCUGUUCAUAUUUCACUAGUAUAUCUUCUACAAGGAAUAUCGAUUCAAGAUAUAGCCGAGAAAAUUUAUUCACAAAUGUUAAAACAAUCAGAAAAUUCUGCCAGUUCAAUAACUAGAAAUGAAGUUUCAUCUCUGAGCAAAGACGCUUCACAAAACAAUGAUACUCUUAUAACAUCAAAACCUAUCAAGACAGAGAAUGAUGACCAAAACAAUACGAUUUCAACACAAGAGAAUAAUGAAUUGGUCUGGAAACCAUUGAAUUUAUCUGAAGGUAAGCAAAUCGUAGUAACUUCUCUAGCGAAUAUUAAAAACUUUAAUUAA